UUUCGAAAAUCUAUGAUUUUAAGACAUUAUUCUCUGUUACAUUAUUUUUCCUCUGCAAAACCAUCUGCCUUUUCUCUUCUUUUUAUACUUUUGUAACAUCAAAGUCUUGUCCAAUCUGUUUAGUGAGUCUGGGAAACUAUUAAGCUUUCAUUGGCAGCAGCACUGCUUAACAGAUAGAUUUUGCUAGUUGCGUUUGAUUAAUGGGUGUUUAGUGUUUAAAUAUGGUGAUUAGUUACCUUCGUGGAUAAAUCCCACAUGGGUGAUGGGACCCUUUCCUGCAUAGAUUCCAGUGAAGGAAGUUUCAGAUAUUUCAGUGGUUCCUGUUGAACAUUAUUGAUUCUUGUUUGUUAUAACUACUCUGCUAAUUUGCGUUGUAAUUGCUUGUAAAAAUGAGCUACAAGUUUUCUCUAUGUAGAGUAGAAGUGGGAAGUGGAGUGGCUAGAAAAAAUUUUGGCAGACUUCUUUGCUAAGGUUAGCAAGCUAAAAAUUUUUAGUAGUUAGUGUUUAGUGGGCUCAAAAUUCUCAAAAGUUUGAUAUUGAAGUAAGUGCUUGUGAAGUAUGAAUCUGGGGCUAAUAUCUCAAAUCCUGGAUCUGUUUUCUAAUGAGAGAGUAAUUCUAUGUUGGCUAACAACUUAAAUUUCAAGAUAGGAUCUGAACAUUACUGCUCUGCUAAGGAUCUAUCUGCAGGCUAGUGUCAUUUGUACUACUUGUUAGCCCAAGUGGAACACAAGGAGAGAAGCUUUAGAAAAUGAGAUCUAUAGAAGAUAAAGGAUGCUAUAACCUUGGACCUGCUCAGGAAAUAUCAAGCAGCAGUGCCAUUAGUUUUGAGUUUCAUAAAGGGAAUGGGACUAACCGUGCUUCUCAUCAUCGAACUGCCUUAGGCAAACCAACACCUUCAAAAUGGGACGAUGCGCAGAAAUGGCUUGUCGGAUUGUCAAGAGGUAGAGACAAGAGCCAAUCCAAAACCACACCUCGGAACUCCAAUGCUGAUGACAGAAGACUAAUAGCACCAGUUCCACAGAAGGAACAAGAUUAUUCUAGCAGUGAGGAUGAAGAAGCAGCACAAGCAAAUGGAUUUGCUGCUGCAAUGUUAUCUAAUUUCGAAGGGGAAACAAAGAAGGUGGAUUGUGAUGAGGCAAUUUGGCGAAUUAACAAGCUUGCAGAGAACUCGACAUCAGCUGUUAGAUCAAUAUGUGUGAGAGAUAUGGGGACCGAGAUGACCCCUAUUGCAAGCCAAGAGCCAUCAAGAACAGCAACACCUAUCAGAGCCACGACUCCUGCUGCAAGGAGUCCUAUUUCUUCAGGAUCUUCCACCCCAGUAAGGUGCCAACAUGGAGUACCGGGUGCUGAGGGCUAUCAAGCAGGUCUAACAUCAACUGAGGGCAGAGGCGAGACUAAUGCGGCUGCCAGGGGAAAUGCUCCAAAUGGACCGUAUGGGCAAGAAUCCAUGAUACAUGAGAACAGUAAUUCAGAUCAGGCCAGAAAGCAGAAUACUCUAGAAACUCGAGCUACGGCUUGGGAUGAGGCCGAACGUGCCAAAUAUAUGGCAAGGUACAAGCGCGAAGAAGUGAAGAUUCAAGCCUGGGAAAAUCAUGAGAAGAGGAAAGCAGAAAUGGAAAUGAAGAAAAUGGAGGUGAAGGCUGAGAGAUUGAAAGCUCGGGCACAAGAAAGGUGCUCAAACAAACUUGCUGCUACAAGGAGAAUAGCUGAAGAGAAGCGUGCAAAUGCAGAAGCAGAACUAAAUGAGAAAGCUAUGAGGACUUCCGAAAGGGCAGAUUACAUAAGGAGGACUGGUCACCUUCCUUCUUCAUUCUCUUUCAAGUUGCCUUCCCUUUGUUGGUAGUAACUCUGCUGCAAAUGUUAAAUGCCAGAUCCAGCUUCAAUUCCUAUUCUGCCACUUUUUUAAAUACAUAUAUAAUGUACUAUUUUAUUCCUGGGAUGUGAUUGAUGCUGAAAAAUUGCAGUAAUGUGGUUAGUUCCUUCAAUAAACGAUCCCCAACCAAUUUUUUAGCAACAGUUGAUCAAGAUUCUUAGUCCUGUUAAUAAUCAUAUAUGAUGCAACUGGAAGAGCAUAAGACUGU